AUGAGGUUGCGAGAAGUGGAAGAAGUACGGCAGGCUGUGGACUUUUACUUUCCAGAUUCUCUGAGGUUCGACUGUUUCUUGCCUCCCGAUUUUGACACCACUGGCAUGAGCGAGGAUGAUCCUAAAAUCCCAGGCAACACCUGGCGUAUCUUGCAGGAUCUGCAUCUCCAAGGACCAGAAUUGUUCUUCUCACCCAUCUGGCCGCACAUCCUCGGCUUCUGGAAGGUCAGAAAUAAAGACCACAUCCUCUUCCUCCGGUACGAAGACAUGAAGGAGAACCUGGCGGCUGUAGUGAGGCAAAUAGCAGGUUUCCUGGGAAAGGAGGUGGAUGAGGAGAAGGUGUCAUGGCUGGUUCAUCACUGCUCCUUCGGGGAGAUGAGCAAGAAUUCAGCCGCCAACAACGAGACCAUGAUGAUAAGAUCCACAGAAGAAGCCAAAAAUAUCAAGUUCAUGAGGAAAGGCCAGGUAACUCGUGUAAGAUGAAUGUAUAGUUGCGAUGGUGGUCAAGUAGAUAAUGGAAAAGUUAAGGGUCUCUCGAGAAGUGAGUGUUGAAUCCUAGGUCAGGUAUGCAGGAUAAGAGAGAAAAAGAGGGCUUAAGAAAACUAAUUACAAGCGGAGUCAAUAAUAAGUUAAAGAUCACCUGAAAAAUCUCAUCCUUCUUUCCUCUACCCAGAAUGAAUAGUCUUGCCCCUUUGAUCUAUCUUCGUCUACCCCCACCUCAGGGUCAUCUUCUCAAUCCAUUCCUCUGCAAGAACCUUCUGCCAGUGUGCCAGCGGCAUGAAAUUCUUCAGUUGAUAAUUAUCUGGAAUUCGUAAAAAAAAAAUGUCAACAAUUAGGCUAAAACAAAAACACUUGCCAAAGUGAACUUUAACGUUUAAUCUUUUGUUUGAAGAUCAUAAGUUCUACAGAGGAUUUCGCAACUAAAUUAUUAUAAUAAAAAAGAAGCACUAACCCUAUAGGGGUCAUACAGCGCAAAACUAAAACUGAUAUUACAUUCAUGUAGGAGCUCUGAACUGAAGAAUGGCAGACUACUAGGUUUGUUUCAAGGAAGGAAGAGGUACUUUGAAAUCCUUAGAUCAAGAACCAUUUACCAGCUCUUCACAAGGAAGGAAGAGGUAAUUUGAAAUCCUUAGAUCAAGAACCAUUUACCAGCUCUUCACUGAGAAUAUCUAACCAAGAAAAUACACGAAAUAAUGAAAUUAAGUUGCAUAAAUUUCGAUAAUUCUUGAUAUGAUGCGAAGAAGUUUAGCCAUUAGCAUUAUUGCGACCACUUGUUCACUUGUCUUGGUUUUAGAUUUCUAAAUGUGAAUUCUUCCAGUUUGAAACCAUUGUUUUAGCACUUUAGAGGAUUUAAACUGAUAAAGCUCAUCACAGCAGAUGUGAAGAGUUCUUGGUAGAUGUGGUAGUGGCACAUGGAGCACUUUGUGUGAUGUCAAGUGAGGUGUGAGAAAUAAAUUACCUGCAUGAAACUCAAUAAUGCAUUCAUACAAAUAAUUUGAUUAGAAGGCAACUGAGUAGGACUAUUUACAUUUUGUUGCUCC